UUUUCAGUAACUAACAUAACUUAUUUGUGUGACUUUACCCAGGAGGCUCAGCAAUGUGAGCACAGCUAAAUGUACUGGAUGAUAACAAAACUGUUGUGAGCUGGACUGAAUAGUUGGAUGAUACUGGUUAUCCAGGACAGCCAUUGUUAGUCUCACUGAGACCAGGUCAACCCAGAGACCCAGACUCAGUUAGACCUGCUUCAGGAUUCAGGCCCCAGAUGUGAGGGAGCAAUAAAGAUGGAGAGAAAUGUUGCAGAUCAGAACCGUGGUUUGUUUGUGAAGUGUGACAGCAGACUGAGAUUAGAAAAUGAAGAAGAAGACAGACAUUUGGAGCUCAGCUCCCAUAAAGGAUCCGAGAUGAAGCUGGAACAACAAGAGGAAGCAAAGAGAAUUCUUUUGGCUGAAGAAGAGGAAGCAGACAGAGUGACAGAGUUUUUGGAUUCAUUUCUGAUUUGGAUUCCACACAUGGAAUCAUUUUCAUUUGCUGAAUCAUGAUUGAAUAGAGAGCCGACCUGGACAAACACACGAUGGCCCGUUAAGUGAACAAACAGCUUCACUGUGAUGUUAAUGAUGUGUUUGGACUCUCUUAGCUGCCGAGAGAAGCAGCAGAUGUUUGUGAACAAACUGUCUGUUUCAUCUGAUUUCACCAUUUAAACAGUAACCGUAAUAUAGCUACUCCUUUGUGGCCCGGGGAGAAAGUCCUUUAGAAACUUUGUGAAACGCUGUCUACGACUAAUUCUUAAUGAUUCUGCCUUCCUGUAAAUUCAACAUUAAAUGUGACACAUGAAGUUAUUUCUGUCUUUGUUGUACAAAAAGCUUCAGCAGGAUAUUUUCAUGAGCCUCUGAUGUGAUAAUAACAAGCGCUUCAUUAAAACUCUGCUCUGUGUGAAGCACACUCCCUCAUACACAUCAAAUAUGAUCAGCUGGUUUCAGGAAACCAACUAACUAAACUUCAUCUUCUGCCUGAAAUCAAGGAGCCGUGUUUCUAAACGGCCUUAGCGACAGUAACUAAGGGGCGGGGCGAGACGCCGUGACAUCGCGAGAACACUCCGCGGGAUCCCGCAGCGCUCCUGUAUCUCAGCCUGAAGAGCUCCGAGACCAGAAUCCAGACAACACGGUCCACCAGUCACAGCGGAGACCUGCAGGACGAUGGAGAACCAGAACCCGGACCACAGGAGCCAAACAGCAGCCUCGUGCUCUGAUAGCACCGAUGUUCAGAGAAGGAGAAGAAGAACUGGACUCAAACGUCACCGCUGUGAGCUCUGUGACAAAUCCUUCACAUCUGAAUCUUUGAAGAUUCAUCAGAGAGUUCACACUGGAGAGAAACUGUACAGCUGUGACCAGUGUGGGAAAACUUUCACUACAUCUGGUGCCCUAAAAAAACACCAACGUGUUCACACUGGAGAGAAACCGCACUGGUGUGAAGAGUGUGGAAAAACUUUUGCUACAUCAGGUAACCUAAAAAUCCAUGAACGUGUUCACACUGGAGAGAAACCGUACAGGUGUGAACAGUGUGGGAAAACUUUCACUACAUCAGGUCAUCUAAAAAAGCACCAACGUGUUCACACUGGAGAGAAACCUCACAGGUGUGAACAGUGUGGAAAAACUUUUACUCAAUCAGGUAACUUAAAAAUCCACGAACGUGUUCACACUGGAGAGAAGCCUCACAGGUGUGAACAGUGUGGAAAAACAUUCGCUCAAUCAGAUCACCUAAAAAAGCACCAACGUGUUCACACUGGAGAGAAACCUCACAGGUGUGAUCAGUGUGGAAAAACUUUCACUCGAUCAGGUAACCUAAAAAGGCACCAACGUGUUCACACUGGAAAGAAACCUUACUGGUGUGAACAGUGUGGAAAAACUUUCACUACAUCAGGUCAUCUAAAAAAGCACCAACGUGUUCACACUGGAGAGAAACCUUACAGGUGUGAACAGUGUAGAAAAACUUUUGCUCAAUCAGGUAACCUAAAAAAGCACCUACGUGUUCACACGGGAGAGAAACCUUACAGGUGUGAACAGUGUGGAAAAACUUUCACUACAUCAACUGAAGCAACAAUCCACCGACGUGUUCACACUGGAGAGAAACCGUACUGGUGUGAACAGUGUGGAAAAACUUUUGCUCAAUCAGCUCACCUAAAAAAGCAUCAACGUGUUCAUAUUGGAGAGAAACCUCACGUGUGAAUAGUGUGAAAAAAUCUUCACUACAUCAGGUCACCUAAAAAUCCUUUAACAUGUUCAGACUAGAGUGAAAUCAUGCAGCUGUGGCAAAUCAUGUACCAACAGGAGAACCCUUAGACACAAAUUCAUUCACAAUGCAUCAUUUUGACAUUUUCACAGAGCUGAGCUAGCGGUUUCCUCCUGCCGUGAAUAAAACCUCCUGUUAUCUAGGGCUGCAACUAAUGUAACUAACUAAUUAUUUAUUCGAUUAGUCGACUAGUCACGAGUAUUUUUGUCACCCCCUAAACCUAACCCUAAUUAAACCAUUUAACUAAUUAAAUAUCUUUCAAAUGAAUUACUGAUCUCCAACACACAGCCUAACUAGCUAGCGUUACCCUUUUAGUGAAUGAGGUUUACUAUUCAGAAUGAACACCAGUAUCAAUGCCAGGGGGAAACCAGGGAAGAAGACAAGACAGCGUAGGCUACUCCUAUAAUUCACUGAUUUGU